AGCUUCCGGUUCCGGUUUCCGCCCAGAACCGAGCCUUCCCCUCAGGCCCUGCCGCGGUGCACGAUGGGAUGUGGAGUCCUCCGGCAGCGCCGCGUCACCACCUCUCGGGGAAGGGACCGUCCGCCGUGCGCGUUCCCUAUGGAGAAACGUGAGGGCCCCGCGCUGCCGGCACGGCCGUGAGCCGCUCUCUGACAGCGGAAAUGAGCGACGGUCCCCGAUUUUGACAGCGGGAAGCGGCGCUUCUGACAGCCGGCCCGCCCCUUCUCGCCGCUGAUUGGCCGCCGCCCGAGCGCCGAGCGCAGCGAUUGGACGGAAGCGCAGCGAGGUCGACCUUUCGCACCUGUCCCCCGAAGAGAGAUGGAGCAGUGCUGGCAGCCCUGCCGUGCCCUUGGCCUGCUCUGUGCCCUCCUGCUCUUUAUCUGCCUCCUCCCUCUUGCUGCAGGGUGGAACACGCGCUGAUGCACGCCAAGCACCACGGCCACGAGGCCAUGCACGCCGAAAUGGUCCUCAUCCUCAUUGCCACGCUGGUGGUGGCACAGCUCCUGCUGGUUCAGUGGAAGCAGAGGCACCCUCGCUCCUACAAUAUGGUCACCCUCUUCCAGAUGUGGGUAGUGCCUCUGUAUUUCACAAUCAAACUCUACUGGUGGCGGUUCCUGGUCAUCUGGGUGCUCUUCUCAGCAGUCACAGCUUUUGUCACCUUCAAGGCCACUCGGAAACCCCUGGUGCAGACAACGCCCAGGCUGGUUUAUAAGUGGUUUCUGCUAAUAUACAAGAUGAGCUACGCCACUGGAAUCGUGGGGUACAUGGCUGUGAUGUUUACACUGUUUGGUCUGAACUUAUUAUUCAGAAUCAAACCAGAAGACGCGAUGGACUUUGGCAUCUCUCUCCUCUUCUAUGGUCUUUACUAUGGGGUCCUGGAGCGGGACUUUGCAGAGAUGUGUGCAGACUACAUGGCCUCCACCAUCGGGUUCUACAGUGCCUCGGGGAUGCCCACCAAGCACCUCUCCGACAGCGUCUGCGCCGUCUGCGGGCAGCAGAUCUUCGUGGACGUCAACGAGGAGGGGAUCAUCGAGAACACUUACAGGCUCUCCUGCAACCACGUCUUCCACGAGUUCUGCAUCCGUGGAUGGUGCAUCGUGGGGAAGAAGCAGACGUGUCCGUACUGCAAAGAGAAGGUGGACCUCAAGAGGAUGUUCAGCAACCCCUGGGAGCGGCCUCACGUCAUGUAUGGGCAGCUGCUGGACUGGCUGCGCUACCUGGUGGCCUGGCAGCCCGUUAUCAUCGGCCUGGUGCAGGGCAUCAACUACAUCCUGGGCCUGGAAUAAGGGCUGGAAACCCCCCCUCGUCCCCACCACGGGCACAGCACAGCGCCGGCCGCAUCCGUCCAUCCCCAGAGCGGAGGGGUUCGGCCACCCUUUGGGGUAGGGGGGGGUGUGUGGGUGGGGUAGGGGGAGCAGAGCAGCACAGACUCAACCCUCCGCCCUUCAGGGACCCGGACUGGUUUUUACAAAGCGGUUCUUUUAAUGAAGAGUAAUUUAAAAACAACACCACGGAAAGGAAACUUUCUAUGUCCGUCCAUGAGAACGGAACGGUCCCGGCGGCCGCGCGGCGCUGCCUUCGGGUCGUGGAUCUCUCAGUCCUUCAGCAUCCGUUGGUUCUGGGAAGGAUUGGGGCUCAUCUCCGGGCUGUUCCGUGCUUGGAAAAGGCCACGGGUGGACACCGGGCUGCCCCCAUACGGACCCGGCUUUGAUGCAGGGGGAGGAAAGAGCCGACUCCGUCCCCACGGCCUUUUGUACAUCGUCUUUUCUACGUGCCCCGGUGCUGGGAGUGCUGCCGUGGGCGGUGGGCUCAGCGCUACACGGAGCCGCGGGGUCACCCGUGGGCACCUCCACGCACGGUUUGCUCUCCGGCAGCGGAUGGGAGGACGGAGCCGCGGGGCUGAGGAGCUCCGUUCUCCUUCCCCCCCCCCACCCCGGCGCACGGACGUGGCGCAGCGGUGCCACGGAGCCACGCGGCCGCGUCACAGCGGUGCCACCGUGGCCCUCUUCCCCCCCCCCCCCAUCGUGCCCAUUUUUAGGGGCGAAAGGGCUUCGUUGGUGUCGUGCCCCGAAGCGGAGGAUGCGGUCGUGGGAUGGAUGGCAGCCGCGGUUGGACCCCGCUGGGAACGCUCUCAAUCCGAAAUAAAACGUCUCCAAACGCA